CUAAGACGUAGUAAAGGGAACUAGUACUUGUUACCGGUUUGGUGUACACCUGACUUCAAGUUUUGUUUUCCAAUUGAAAUCUGGUUAAGCAUGGCAAUCCUAGGCGCUGGCCUCUUGGCACCAUCACAAACACCAUGCAGACGUCAUGAACUUGGGUGCAUUACGUAUGCACCCCUUCGCCGAUUGCUGCCGGGGCUGCGGAUCUCUGGAGCACAAGGAACUACAAGACGCACGGUCUCUACGCUUGCAGCACCAGCCGAUGGAGCCUCCGCCCCAGCCCCGACUACCACCACCUCCUCCGCCCCCUCCCCCACCGCGUCCAAGUCCGACGCCUACAGCGGCGCCAUGCAGCGGCAGAUGGGCACCUCGCUCACCUACCGCCACGAGGAGGGACUCAACUACAACCGCAUACUGCCCGACCUCAUCGUGGGCAGCUGCCUGCAGACCCCCGCCGACGUGGACCUGCUGGCUGAGCGCGAGGGCGUCACCACAGUGUUCUGUUUGCAGGAGGACUCGGACAUGGAGUACUUCAGCCUGGACAUAAGGCCCAUCCAGGCCCGGUGCGCCGAGCGGGGUGACAUCAAGCACGUGCGCUUCCCCAUCCGCGACUUUGACCCCUUCGACCUGCGCAGGAAGCUGCCAAAGGCCGUCACCCGCCUAGCUCGCGAGCACAACCCCACCACUGGUACCGUCUACAUCCACUGUACGGCAGGCCUGGGUCGCGCCCCCGCCACCGCGCUGGCCUACAUGUUCUGGCUGCGCGGCUUCCAGCUGGAUGCGGGGUACGAGCUGCUGCGGGGCAAGCGGCUGUGCAGCCCCAGGAUAGAGGCCAUCCGCUCCGCCACUGUGGACCUGCUGGUGGGGUCGGAGCCCGUGUCCGCCACCAUCGCAGUGUACCGCACCGGCACCGCCACCGACUGGAAGAUUGCGGGUCUGGAUGUGGGCUGGCACCAGCAGCUGCCCCUGCAGCGCGAGGAGGGGGCCACCGGGCGCAUGGUGCUCAGGAGGGCGCUGCAGCCGGGCAAGUACCCGUACAAGUUCAUCGUGGACGGCCACUGGACGUACUCCGCGGACCACCCCACCGUGCAGGACGGCAACAACAUCAACAACGUGCUCGAGGUGAUGGGUCGCUCGCUGCCCCCCGAGCUGUGCGCCGCGCAGGAGCGGCUGCUGUCCCCCGGGGGCGACCUCACGCAGGACGAGCGCCAGCACCUGGGCGAGCUGCUGUGCCCCUGGGCAACACACCUCUGAGGGCAGGGGGCGGCGGUGCGGGGGUCACGUGUGUCGUUGAGGGUGGGGGUGGCCUGGCUCAACGACACGCUCCCGUGAGAGCAGGACGUCUGGGUGUGGCAGCAUGCAGCUAGCUAGGGUCGUACGGAAGCAGGGUGUGGGCUGGGUGUUUGUAAGUGUGCUUGCGGUCACCGUUCUCUUUUUGUGAUGGAUGGUGAGGAAGAGGUUGGGUUUACCUGUGAUGUGGUGUGAGGCCAUCUGGUAUUGUCGGUGGCGUGCCCAGUACCCAUGGGUCACAUGGCAUGCUGUCAUGGAAUUCUGUUUUAUGUAUGUGUUACGGAGCUUAAAGUAGGGCAUCCUUUCAACGCGAUAGGUGCGGUUCAGAGCCCGGAGCCUUCACUCAACAGGUGGAGGAUGACAGGUCUCGCAUGCUGCGGACGGUAUCAUGGCAUAUUCCGUAAUGCACGCAUUCAGCGACUCUCAUUAAGCAACACACGUGAUGUAUGGCCAUGUGCUCUACAUACAUUGGCUAAGGAUUUGUUCGUGAAGGUGUAUAGCAGGCGUCAUGUUUGCGUCCAACAGUGCGCGCAUGUAGAUCUCCCUUCUUACCUUGCAUGGACACUAGCUGGCGUGGAAGGUAUUUGCGGCGUGCGUCGUAGACCGUUAUCCGCGUGGCCUGCAUGUGUCUGGGUCUUCUCCUUUAUGACGAUUGAUCCACGGAAGGCCGGUCAGGCAAGUCAUUUCCCGUGCAAUUCCAAAUGGAAUACCGGGUGAAAUGUUUCCACCCAAGACAUGUUUAAGAGUGCCAUUGCAAGGCAUAUUCCAGGGGCUGAUACUCGUGUGGGCUAUGGAAGC